CGAUUCCUGUUUGGAUAACAUCAGUUUGUCGAAGUUGUCGCAAGUUUUUUAUAAAAUUUAUCGGAUCUGUUAUGGAUUUUUGAUAAAAGCGUUGAAGUGCAACUAAACUUUUGAAUUUUGAGCAGUGCCUGGGAACUUAUGUAAAACGUGUUCAAAUAACUGAAAACUGAAUAAAAAUUUCAAACAUGCUCAAUGAAAAUAUAUGCGUUGCGUUGUACAACACCUUCCCUGUUCUGCAGGAUAAACUCACUAUCGUACAGGUCAACAAUGAGCAAAUUUCCCAGCUAUCGGUUCAUCUGAAUAGGCUAGGAAACCUUUCGAUAAUCUAUGAAACAAUUUUCUUCAAAAUUGAUCGGAUGCUGCGCAGAGAAACGGUACCGAGAUUUUGGCGCCAUUUUCAAGGGCAGACCUCGGAAUCGAAUCCCGAGGGUCAACCGACGAGACAUCUGCACUUUUUUCGCUUUCAACGAGCCGUCAAUGAGCUGUAUCAACAUUUUGGGGGCUAUUACCUGCAGUUGAAGCGUCUGCAGAAGCUAAAGCAAGGAUCGUCACUUCCUGUUGACGUGGUCAAGAAACCGAGCGAUUUGAGCGAGUUCAAUCGAAUGUUUAGGUGUGCUCUCCUGUCGCAACUUCCGACCGAUUUCAACGACUUGGUUUACGAGUUCUACAGCAUCGCGUUCAAGGUGUUUGCCUUGACCCAUGCGGAAGGUGAUGAUUCCAUGGAAGUUCCGGACUCGUUCCAAUGCACCGCCUGCGGUUUGGAAUCGGCUUACUGCCAGUGUCAAAGCCUGGCCAAUGCGUUUACCAGCACGAAUCAACAGCUGGCCACGAUGGGUCUGUUGGAUAAGAUUGCUGGGUUCACACUGACGGCGUUGAUCCAGGAGAGAAUCGACGCCAAGAUAGGGGAAACUAAGGAGAAUUUUUCUGUAUCCCACAUGGAAUCGUUGGAGCGAUGGUUGAACACAGUGGUAUUGCAAUGGUUGACGAGAAUCUACAAUCGGGGAUCAUUGUCCAUAGGGACAAGCGAUGAGAAAAUUCAAGAAGCUAUUCGCAACUUUCAGACAAAGUUGAGUUUCUAUUUGUAUGAGAACUAUGCGAAUAUGAUUAUAGACCAAUUUUUCGGAAUAAUCAUAGACUUUCCGAUGUCUCAAGCCGCCAUCGAUGAUUUGAAGCUCUGCUUUGAAAAAAUCGAUUUGAAGAGUCACUUGGUGAAGACAAUGAAGUACACCUUGGAGAAUAAGCUUCUGCAUCCAGGAGUUGAUACUCCGGAUAUUUUGACUGGCUAUGUGACUGCAAUCAAAGCUCUUAGGCAUUUGGAUCACACCGGUGUGCUUCUGCAGACGAUAACAGAACCUGUCAAAGAGUACCUUAGAAGUCGACCAGAUACAGUUCGAUGUGUGGUCACUGGUUUGACGGAAGAAGGAUGUUCGGAUCUGUCGGAGGAGCUUGCGAAAAGUGAACACGUUAAGGCCAAAGAGAACGGCCACGAGAAAUUAGAGCUAACUGAUUGGGAGAAUUGGAAUCCUGAUCCAGUGAAUGCGGAUGUGGUCGUAGCGAAAGAUGCUCGAUCGGGAAGGCCUUCGGAUAUAAUUUCAAUGGUGGUGGAUAUUUACGGUAGUAAGGAGUUGUUCGUGAAUGAAUACCGUAAUCUGCUAGCGGAAAGAUUGUUAUCUCAGUUGGAUGCUAAUCCGGAAAAAGAAAUACGAAACUUGGAACUCCUGAAACUUCGCUUUGGCGAUACAAUGCUGCACAGUUGCGAAGUUAUGUUGAAAGACAUGAACGAUUCCAAAAGAAUUAACACAUACAUACUUUCUGAAGAAUCAGGUUUCGUUCAAGAGAGGCCCUUUGAUCUGUCUGCCUUAGUGGUUUCUUCUCAGUUUUGGCCAACAUUCAAAAAGGAAACUAUGGAGUUGCCUCCGGCCAUUAAGGAAAUGUUCGAUCAAUACACAAAAGCGUUUGAAUCAUUCAAAGAUAAUCGUACGCUCCAUUGGACACCGCUAAACGGGAAGGUCGUCAUUGAACUUGAAUUGGAUGGGAAAACGACCGAAAUGCAAGUGACUCCAGCGCAAGCCACCAUUGCCAUUCAUUUCAGCGAACAAAACGAAUGGGAUCUGGACAGAUUGGGGCAGAAAAUGAAUAUGCCUCCAUCGAUUCUACGUAAGCGGUUAGUAUUUUGGCAAUCUCAAGGUUUGAUUCGAGAGUCCCGGGAGAAUUAUUUCGUACUGAAUGAUCGCCACAACAAAACGGAAGCAGCAGAAGAACUACAAACCCAACCACCGGAAAUGUGCGAGGAUGAGGAAACGGAAAGCGCAAUGGAAUCCGCGAGCGACCAACGGGAAGAGGAACUGCAGGUCUUUUGGUCAUAUAUCGAAGCAAUGCUUACGAAUCUGGAUUCGCUGCCGCUGGAGCGCAUACAUCAAAUGUUGAAAAUGUUUGCCUCACAGGUGGAAUUUACUCCGGAGGAGUUGAAAAACAUUCUACAGAGAAAAGUUCGGGAGCACAAGCUGGUCUACGUUAGUGGAGUGUAUCAGCUACCCAAGGCGUAGGAUUAGGAAUGAAUAAACACAUUUUCCAGGCUACAAAAAGGCA